CUUCUGUCUGCUGCCCCGUGAUGGAUUUUGGUGCCUUGCCUGCGUGGUUGGCCCGGCUGUCUCAUCUCUGGCACCACCAUGACAACAGAGAAGAGCCCAGCGGCGGACGCCGACAGCUCGGACCAGCAGCAAGCCAAGGAGGAGGAAGGAGCUGCUGAAGCACAGAAGCAGGAGGCUUCUCUGGAGGAAGGGGCUCAGCCCACGUCAGAGGGGCAGGGGCAGAAGCAAAAGGCCUCCAACGGAGACACCCCUACACACGAGGAGCAGAGCAAGAAGGAACGUCGCACCUCUGAGGGCCGGGGCCUGUCCCGCCUCUUCUCCUCCUUCCUCAGGAGGCCCAAAUCUCAGGUGUCCGAAGAGGAAAAAGACACUGAUGCUCCUAAAGAGGCAGGAGGUGACCAGAAAGGCGCAGGAUUAGGAGCCAGCCCUGAUGAAGACAUCCUAGUGAAAGCGCCGAUCGCAGCUCCCGAGCCUGAGCUCAAAACCGACCCGUCACUGGAUCUCCAUUCCUUGAGCAGUGCAGAAACACAGCCUGCACAGGAGGAGAGGAGGGACGAGCAGGAGCCAGAGAGCAAAGACCCUGAGGACAAGGAAGAAGGAGAAGCCAAGGAAGAGUGUGCCAAGCCGGAACCUAAACCAGAGAGUCCAGAGACCAAAGGAGACAAGGAUUUGAAAGCUGCCCAGAAAGCAGUGAAAAGACACAGAAACAUGUACUGCAAAGUGGUCUUGCUGGAUGACACCAUUUUUGAGUGUGCUGUGGAUAAACAUGCCAAGGGACAGGAGCUCCUUAAAAAAGUCUGUGACCAUCUCAAUCUGCUGGAAGAAGACUACUUUGGUUUGGCCAUAUGGGACACACCAACCUCCAGGACGUGGCUGGAUCCUGCCAAAGAAAUAAAAAAGCAGGUUCAUGGAGGCCCCUGGGAUUUUACCUUCAACGUCAAGUUUUAUCCUCCAGAUCCUGCCCAGCUGACAGAGGAUAUAACCAGGUAUUACCUGUGUCUUCAGCUCAGACAGGACAUCCUCACGGGGCGGCUGCCCUGCUCCUUUGCAACCCUGGCCCUGCUGGGCUCCUACACGGUGCAGUCGGAGCUGGGGGACUAUGAUCCCGAGCUCCACGGCCCAGAUUACAUCACUGAGUUCAAACUGGCCCCAAACCAGACAAAAGAGCUCGAAGAGAAGGUUGUGGAGCUUCAUAAAACAUACAGAUCCAUGACUCCAGCCCAAGCAGACCUGGAAUUUCUUGAGAAUGCAAAAAAGCUGUCUAUGUAUGGAGUCGACCUUCACCAAGCCAAGGACUUGGAAGGAGUGGACAUCACUCUGGGAGUCUGUUCCAGUGGCCUUCUUGUUUACAAAGAUAAACUGAGAAUCAACCGCUUCCCGUGGCCCAAAGUCCUGAAGAUUUCCUACAAACGCAGCAGCUUCUUCAUAAAGAUUCGGCCGGGGGAGCAAGAACAGUAUGAAAGUACAAUUGGGUUCAAGCUUCCAAGUUACCGGGCAGCGAAGAAGCUGUGGAAAGUAUGUGUUGAACAUCACACCUUCUUCAGGCUGACUUCCACCGAGGCCAUCCCGAAGAGCAGGUUCCUGGCGCUGGGCUCCAAGUUCCGCUACAGCGGGCGGACGCAGGCGCAGACGCGGCAGGCGAGCGCCCUGAUCGACCGGCCCGCGCCCCAGUUCGAGCGCACGGCCAGCAAACGAGCCUCCAGGAGCCUGGAUGGAGCUAAACGUGCGACUCAGAAAGUUGAGUUCAGGACCGUAGAGGAAGAGAAGCAGAAGGAGGUGGUGGUGGUUGAGGUUCCUGAACCAAAACCUGCGGAUCAGAUCCGAGAGAAGCCAGCCAAACACACUCUUGAAACUUUUGAAAUGAAACCCAUUGCAGAGGAGGAAGAGGAGGAGGAGAAGGUAGAGGUGGUUAAGGUUCCUGUUGCCAAGCCAAAGUUCCCGGAGCCGGUGCCGCCGCGGUCAGCAGUGGCCGUGAUAACCCCGGAGCGGAGUCCCCGGCCCACCUCGGCCCCGGCCAUCGCUCAGAGCCACCCUGCAGAGCCAGCCCCAGCUAAGCCUGACGUGAAGGACAUGGCCACAUCUAAAAUAGGGAAGGAAACAGCAAAAGCUGAUGUGAGACGUGAGGAAUUCCCACCAGAGAAAGCCAAGGCAGAGCCAGCUGAUGCAUCCAAGGUGAGGAAAACACACAUUGAGGUCACAGUCCCCACCACGAAUGGUGCCCAGCCCCAGCAGCAGCCUGCAGAAAAAGAGGAAGAGCUGAUAAGAAUGAGGAAGAAGAGAUCAAAGAGGCUAGAUGGUGAAAACAUUUAUAUCAGGCAUAGCAAUUUAAUGUUGGAGGAUCUAGAUAAGCCCCAGGAGGAAAUCAAGAAGCACCAUGCCAACAUCAGCGAGCUGAAGAAGAACUUCAUGGAGUCCGUCCCGGAGCCGCGGCCGAGUGAGUGGGACAAACGUCUGUCCACCCACUCCCCUUUCCGGACCCUCAACGUCAACGGGCAGAUCCCCACAGGAGCGGAUGGAAAAAUGAGUGACUUUCCCUCCCAAGAGGAUGUGGCUGCAGUGCCAGAGAGGAGCAGUGUUAACUCUGGCUUUGCAUGGGAGGGCUCAAAGCAGUCGGUAGCUUUUAGUGAGACCCCAGUGCCACCUGCCUCAGAGCCUUCUCCCAGCCAGCACUUGGGUGCUUCCUCCCUAAGCAGCGAGGAGGAGGAGGAGGAGGAGGAGGAGGAGGCAGCUCCCAGCCUCCCCGCCAGCGAGGAGGACCUGACAUGUGGAAAGGGGGUUUGUGUGGAUGUGGAGAAGGACUCGGAGCUCUCUGAGCUGGAGCCCCCCACCAGCCCUGCACCUCCCCGGCAGCCCUGGGGAGAGGAGGAGGAGGAGGUGGCAGAGGAUGGUGAAGACAGCUUUGCCUUUAGAAAGCCCCGUGGAGAGUGUCACAACUCAGAUGCUCCCAAUGGGCUGCCCAUGGUCAUUCGCUGCUUCCAGCCCCCCCUGGUGAAGACACAGACUGUCACCAUCUCUGACGUGUCCAGCGCCGUCAAAAGCGAAAUUCCCACAAAAGAAGUCCCCAUUGUCCACACGGAGACAAAGACCAUCACCUACGAAGCUGCACAGACAGACGGUGGCAAUGGGGAUUUAGACCCUGGAAUCCUGCUGACUGCCCAGACCAUCACUUCGGAAACCACCAGCAGCACCACCACCACCCAGAUCACCAAGACUGUAAAAGGUGGCAUUUCAGAGACACGGAUUGAGAAGAGGAUUGUCAUCACAGGAGAUGCAGAUGUAGACCAUGACCAGGUCCUGGCACAGGCGAUCAAGGCGGCGAAGGAGCAGCACCCGGACAUGUCGGUGACCAAAGUGGUCGUGCACCAGGAGACUGAGAUUGCAGAGGAGUAGCCAGGCUGUGAAACGUUCCUGCCAGCCACAACACCAGGAAAAAGAAACCCAGCAAAACUACCAAGAAACUACCUGGAGCACAAAGACCUCGGAUUUCAGACUUGACACUCAGAGACAUUCAUAUCAUUUAUUAGGAGUUGCGCUUUGACAUUUUAUUGGGAUUUUUCCAGACUCCACUGGAUCCUAUUGGAUAUAGGGUUUUGUUUUGUUGUUGGGUUUUUUUUUUUGUUUCUGUUUUUUUUUAUUUUAUAUCUAUUGUGACAGAAAUCUGCCAUAUUUCUAACUGUACUGAAUAUUUUUUACAGGUUUUCAAUUUUGCAUUCCCUCUCAUGCAAAGCCUCUUCAGACACAGCCCCACCCCAAAAACCCCACAGGGCUCCAGGGCUGCCCCCUGUUUUAUCUCCUAUUCCCUCCGCCUCGUCCGGGAUAACGGAGCUAAAACCACCUCUGUGAAUAUUCCCAGUGCAGGAUCUGGACUUGCCUUCCCAAAGCCAUGGGUCCCUCCUGCCAGGAGAGUCAGUUUAAAGAGUCAAGACUUCAGUUUUGUGCAGCAUUUCCGAUUGCCUCCGGAUUAUUCCCGUAGCUCUCGGGAGCUGCCCCCCCCGAGCUCCCUCCCCGUUGGGAUCCAGCCCCCAGUGUGUGAUCACAGUAGGGUUUUGUGGUGUAGCCUAUGCACACAUCUGAAUAGCUGACUAGAUUUAAGGAAUACUGGAAAAGUUGCUUCAAGUAUCUUUAUACUGUGAAUUUUAGAGCUUUAAAAGAGGACUGUGGUAGCAUCUCGCCCUCCUCCCGUGUGUCUCUGCCGAGUGCUCCCCGCCCUGUUUGUGUUUUCUAGAUGCCAUUAAAUUAAAAAAAAAGCCCUUAGAAGUGUGUGUUUAAGGUGUUUGGACUCGGGAUGCUAUUAAGGUAGGCUUGUGCAGCAUUCACAGGAACUGAGUUUUUUCAGUGUCAUAGUUUUACACUUGUUUGUGUUCAUGAUUUUUAAAUUAGGGAGGUUUUUCUUUUUUUUUUUUUUUUUUGUAAGUCAUGGGUUGGGUUUUUUUUCCUCCCCUCGCAGUGCUAUUUAAAGCUGAACAUGUUACCCAUCUCCCAGGGCGUGUAUCCUACUAUCAUUUAAUUUAAACUCCUUUAGACAAUCCUUCCUAGGCCUGUAAGCUGUAUUUGGAGAGGCUGAACAAGGAAUUUUAGGAGGUGUCAGGUGUUGCUGGUCGUGAUAGAGCCAAACCACAUGGGAAGGCUGACAUUCCCUCUUCCACGCUGGCCUGGGGGUCUGGGUUUGGCUUCAUGACCCCCUUGCUGGAAUGAAAUCCCAGGGUGGGUGUCUGCAGCUUUAGGCUGAGCUCAGAGACCCCCAGGAUGAUCUCCAGCGUGGAAGGGGUGACCCAAAAACAUGAUUCCAGGGGCUGGAUGUGCUUCCCUCCCCUGCACCAGGGGCUGAGCUCCCACUGCUGCUCUCUGAGCUUUGUGGGAAUAUCCUAAUCAUGCCUGGGUUUGUCCUUCCAGCAUUUAAAUUCAAAAAGGAGAAAAAAAACAACCAACCAAGCUUUGUAAAGAGUCUGUGCAGACACUUGUGAACACUUUGGUCCACUUUAAAGUUGUGAUUUUUUUUUAAAUGUAUAAAUAUAUAUAUAUAUAUAUAUAGUGUGUGGCACAUUGGUAGCUGAGGGCAGGGAGUGCUCUGCUGCUCCUCAGGCGAGGAUGGGAAGAAAAUGGCAAUAAAGAAAAAGCUCUCUCCAGUUUCAAAUUUGAAUGAUGUGUUUCAGAAGUCACUGGAUUUAGCUCAGGCUGCAACAACUUGCUGUUGGAACUGCACUAGGGCUGCUGCAGCUUCUCAGAUUCAGGUGCAAUUUUAAUUAAGUUGUCAGUAUUGAUUGGAGACUCUGCUGGAGUUGCUGGAUUUUGGCUUUCCUAGAGCCUUGCUGGCCCCUGCUCAGCCUCCAGCCUUCCCAUGCCAGCAGCUGCUUCUGGGCUGCUCCGGGUGCGGGGUCCCCUCCCGGGAUGCUCUGCCUUCCACAGGGCAUCCUGCUCUGGGGAUUUAGGGAGUCCUGGGCUCCACAGCUGUAGUGUAGAGAUUAAGUCUUCCUCUACCUGUCUGAACAGCCCCUUCCUUCCUUAUUCUGCCACGCAGACCUUGGAGCAGGUCUGUGUCCCUGCUGUCCUCAACUUAGUUGGGUAACGCUUGCCUUAAUCACCCCUCAUGCUGAGCACCCUCUGGCACUGUCCUUUUUCUGGGAAUUUAGCUUUUUUCCCCACUCAGUCCUUCCUUCUCACCUGCAGCAGCCACCUGAGGAGGGAAUGGGCACAUGGAGUAGUGGCUGAGAGGGUUUCUGGGCUUUACCAGGCAGAGCCAGUGUGAUAAAUUAAGUUUGUCCGUAGCACUUAAAGGCACUUGGCUGCCACAAGAAUUGAGGGGUCCCUGGUUGUUCCCUUGGGGUGUCCUGUGCCCUGAGCACAAUGAGUGGGACAAAACGCCCUGAGCAGGGGAUUUCUGGGGGUGAGAAACCUGCUGGCAGGAGAGGUGGUUCCUUCCCAAAGGGACUUGCCCGCCGUGGCUGCGGAUGUCCCUUUUUAAGGGCUCAUAUUUUAGUUUUCCCCUGGAUUUUGGGUGGCCGUUUCCAGGCUGUCCACUCUCACACUCCCCCCCCUGCAGAGUUCUUGCUUCUCCUUGAGUAUUUUAAACAAGUCAUGGCCUCGUCUGCCCUUUGCUGUCCGACCCCGGGGGUUCCCCACUGACCCUCUCCCGCCGACACGUGCAGCGCCCGAGCCCGGGAGCUGGAUGGGAGCAGCAGCAGCCUGGGAAGAAGAUAAAAGUUAAGAGCAGAAGAAGCUUCUUCCACCCUCAUCCAGGGCCGUGGUGGGGCUGCCCACACCCCUUCCACCUCCAGUGGGAUUUAAGAUCCUUGGCUCUGAGCAGUGCUGUGUCAGCUCAAGGGACAAACCGGCUAAGUAAGGUCUAUUUAUAUGAAUGUUCCCAGCUCUUCCCACUCCACAAAUUCACCCAGAGACUGUCUUGAUUGUAUAAUAUACAUUAUAUGGAAGCUAUUUAUAUAUGAAUGAAUGUUUUUAUAGAAAGGAAGGCAAGGAGCUCCUGUUCUCCUCCAUUAAACUGGAACGGUGGCUCCAGUUGCCCGAUAGCAAUCCCUGACCAACAGAGAUGUGUUAGCAAAGGACUGACUGAUUUCUGGUUUUAAUAAACUGUGGUUUGCUGAUUUUCCUAAUUGUACAAUUACCUUAAGAGGUGGUAGUGUCCCAGCCUUAGAGGUGCAACUUGUAAAAAAAAAAAAAAAGAAAAAAAAAGAGUAAAAAUAAAUAAA